GACACCGAACCUUUCACACACCACCCCGGUCCUAUUUCCGUGUAGUGGGUUGAGACUGCGAGUGGGACCGACCUCCCGUGUUACGUUUGGGGAAGUUGCUUAAUAUCGGAAACGCCGCUUUUACACAGCUGAGUGAAAAUACCAGCGACUGCUGCGAGUUUUAAACCCACUCAGUGACCGACAGACAGACAGACGAGACAGAUCGACGCAGUGAGCGACGUGUCAUUUCAGCCCAACAAUGAGAUAAACCCAAAUCUAACGUUUUUUUUCCGCACAAUGAGUAAUUCAGUAACUUCCGCUACUUACAUUCGCAACCUGAGUUACAGUUUGCGCCGCCGCCUGUCCGACUUUCUGGACCCUCAGGACCGGUGGAAGGACGUGGCGGGGUCGAUACGGAAGCCGAGCGGAGAGCUGAGGUACUCGCAGCAGCACGUGAGGAGGUUCGAGGGCCUCGCGGCUCAGGGGAAGAGCCCCACCGCGGAGCUGCUCAACGACUGGGGCACCGCCAACAGCACCGUGGGGGAACUGGUGGACAUCCUGAGGAGCCACCUGCUGCUGGCGGCCGCCUGCGUCCUGCUGCCAGACUCUGUGAAAGCGGUCACGUCGGUGGAGACGUCGCCUGAACGGACACACGGCUCCUCCUCCACCCGGCCGCUGGAGGAGACGGAGGCGCCCUCUUCCUCCUCCAGCUCCGAUCCGCUGCCACCGCUGCCUCUGCAGGACGACGAAGCAGGACACGCAGGCUUCUCCAGCUUCUUCUACAAUGAGCUGAAGAGCAUCACAGGCAACUUUGACGACCGGCCCGCGUCCGCUGGCGGCAGCAGACUGGGAGAGGGCGGCUUCGGCACCGUGUACAGAGGGUUCCUGAAUGACAAGGCCGUCGCCGUGAAGAAGCUCAACGCGAUGGAGGACAUGUCGCCGGACGAGCUGCGGGCUCAGUUCAAUCAAGAGAUCCAAACUCUGAAGGCGCUGAAGCACCAGAACCUCAUAGACAUGGUCGGCUUCUCCUGCGACGGGGAGCACCCGUGCCUGGUGUACAGCUUCAUGGCCAACGGCUCGCUGCUCGACCGACUAGCCUGCAUGGACGACAGUCGUCCGCUGUGCUGGCGGCGCAGAUGCCUCAUCGCUGAGGGGACGGCGAGAGGCCUGGAGCAUCUGCACCUCAACCACCACGUCCACAGGGAUGUUAAAAGUGCAAACAUCUUGUUAGAUGAACAUUUCACGGCCAAGAUCUCCGACUUUGGGCUGACGAGAGCGUCGGCCAAACACACGUCAACCACCGUGAUGACAGAGAGGAUUGUGGGUACUCGUGCCUACAUGGCUCCCGAGGCGCUCAGGGGGGACAUCACACCCAAGUCCGAUGUCUUCAGCUUCGGGGUGGUGUUGUUAGAAAUACUGUCUGGGCUCCCACCCGCUGAUGAAAACCGCGAGCCACAGUUCUUGAUGGAGGCCAGGUACGAUAUAGAGGAUGAGGACGAGGACCUGACUCUGGAGGCCUUUGUGGACAAGAAGAUGACGGACUGGGAGCAGAGCCAGGUGGACAGCGUCUACUCGUUGGCCUGUAACUGCCUCCACGACAGGAAGAACAGGCGGCCCGUCAUCCAGCAGGUCCUGUCUGAGCUCAAAGGAGUGGUCAAAAGCUUCUCUCUGGAUUUGCAGACAUAGCUGAAGAUAAACAUCUUGAUUUAGAGCACAAACUAUUUAGGAAGUAUUUGUUGUAACAAGAUCUUUGUCUUUUAAAUGAGCUAUAUUUUUGAUACAUUUCCUAAUUUAACAGUAAUAUAACAGUUUAUCAUAUCAAAAUAACUGAGAAAUGUAAAUAUGAAUAAAAGCAACAGAUGGGAAAUGUGA